GGCGCGCGGCGGGGAACGUGCCGGAGGCCGUAGGUCCCCUGCCCCUGGGAGCGAGGUCCGGGCUUCCGAGUGCUAGAGCAGCGGCAGCGCGGCGCGGGCGGGGCGCGCUCCCCGGCCCCUCUAGCCCCGUGGAGCUUCGCUCUGUGGACGUCGCGACCUGUGAUGUCAGGACGCCUGGGGUCUUGAACCUCCAUCUGGAACCUGGAAGAGGCAGCGUCUCGGGCCAAUGCUGAGCGCUUUCUUCUCGCCCCGCCCGCAGAGCUGAACCCAGCCCGGGCUCUGGAUCCGCGUGGUGCUGACCCUGCUUCCGUCCUCACCGCGUUCUCGCUCCAGGCGCCACCGACCGGACCCCGAUGCCAGGCGUUUCCGCCCGGGGCCUCUCUCUCGAGGAGAGGAGGCAGCUAGCUGUGAAUCUCACCCGGGUGCUGUCUCUCUACCGUUCCAUCCUGGACGCCUACAUCAUCGAAUUUUUUACAGACAACCUGUGGGGCACACUCCCUUGCUCAUGGCAGGAAGCAUUGGAUGGACUGAACCCACCACAACUGGCCACACAGCUGCUGGGGAUGCCUGGGGAAGGGGAAGUGGUCAGGUACAGGUCAGUGUGGCCACUCACCCUGCUGGCCCUGAAGUCCACAGCCUGUGCCUUGGCCUUUACCCGGACACCUAAGUUUCAGGCCCCCUCAGAGUUUCGGAAGAACCCCAGCCAGAGCUCCCGACUUAAAGCUCCAUUCCGAAAACAUGUCAGGCCCAAGAAGCAGCAUGAGAUCCGGCGGCUGGGAGAGUUGGUGAAAAAGCUGAGUGACCUCACAGGCUGCACCCAGGUUGUGGAUGUAGGCUCAGGCCAGGGCCAUCUUUCCCGCUUCAUGUCUCUGGGGCUAGGGCUGAAGGUGAAGAGCAUCGAAGGGGAUCAGAGGCUGGUGGAGAGAGCCCAGCACCUGGACCAGGAGCUCCUGCAGACUCUGGGAAAAGAGGAGAAGAGGAACCCGCAGGUUUCCCCUUCGCCAAAGCCUCUUCACAUCUUAGGGGCACUCUCUGGUUCCAAAGUGCUUUCCACACGGGAGGGAACACAGAGGACAGACCCCUCCUGCAGCCUGAGGUGGCAUGGGGACAGCACACAGACUUCCCAGCUGCCUUGUCCUUUCCUGCCUCCACAGGUGGUGCAAAUGCACUCUCACCGCUCCCCGCACCAUGUGGCCCGGUGGGUAGACCCUAGGACCCUGUGUGAGGAGGUUCUGCUUCCGCUGGAGACCUCCCCUCAGGGUGAGGCCCGCUUGCUGCUGACAGGCCUCCAUGCCUGCGGGGACCUGAGCGUCGCCUUGCUGAGGCACUUCUCCUCCUGCCCUGAGGUGGUGGCCCUGGCCUCAGUGGGCUGCUGCUACAUGAAGCUGAGUGACCCUGGCGGCUACCCACUGAGUCAGUGGGUGGCCGCGCUGCCUGGCUAUGAACUGUCCUACAGGCUGCGGGAGGGGGCCUGCCAUGCCCUGGAGGAAUAUGCCGAGAGGCUACAGAAAGCAGGCCCUGGCCUCCGAACCCACUGCUACCGGGCAGCACUGGAGACGGUCAUCCGGCACGUCCAGCCCAAGCUCCGUCGGCCAGGCGUGCAGGGGAUCCCCAGGGUCCACGAGCUCAAGAUUGAAGAAUACGUGCAGCGGGGGCUGCAGCGGGUGGGGCUGGAACCCCAGCUGCCACUGAACCUGGCUGCUCUCCAGGCCCACCAGGCCCAGGAGAACCGCGUGGUAGCUUUCUUCAGCCUGGCCCUGCUGCUGGCCCCACUGGUGGAGACACUGAUUCUACUGGACCGGCUGCUGUUCCUUCAGGAGCAGGGCUUCCAUUCUGAGCUCCUGCCCAUCUUCAGCCCUCAACUCUCUCCCAGAAACCUGGUUUUGGUGGCUACCAAGAGGCCUCUGGGUCAGGCCUUCUCUGUUCUGGAGACUGAAGACGCUGCUGCACUCUGAGGAAAGGUGCAUCUUGGACCCCAUCUGAAACCACCCAGGUGCCACAGUGGGUGGCAGUCUGCACUCCUCACCCAGAGAAGCAGCAUCCCGCAUCCUCCCCAGAAUCAUGGUGUCCCACAGACCUUCAGCUUCGUACUCUCUCUCCCUCCAUGUGUUAUGUAAUAUUAUGUAAAAACUUAUUUUUAAUUUAUUAAAGAUUUAAAAUCUU